AUGAGCAUUUUUUUGCUUGAUGAUGAAGUUCCUAUCGAAGCUGUCCGUUGGUUGUAUUUCCGUCGUUCUGGUGGAGUAAGUACAUGGAAACCAUUUUGUGGAUAUGAUUCAAUACGUCUUGAAACAGCUUAUCGAGAGCGUUAUAACGGCAGCACGGAUCCAGUUUUCGAUAAGAUUACUGUUCGUGGAGAGAUGUUCGAAGUAGACAUGGAAAGUUGCCAAUGCAUUCCUAUAUACUGGUUUGGCAAAAAACGAUCUGUACAUAGUAGAAGAAAAACUUGGUGUUCAACCAGAGUGGUGCGUGCUGUUUGGUUUCAGAAGAUCAAUUGGUUACCUUUGGAUACAAAGUUAUCUGAAGUGAUUGAAUAUGAACAUCGUACGUAUGCUAUACCUAAAUUGAAAGGAGUUACAGGCAAAAGUCAUAAACCUGUUCAUAAAUAUCAAUCAAACAAUUACGAAAUAAAAUGGAUGCCUGAUGGUACUAUCUAUUUAGUUACUAAAAGUGCAGAGCCUUUCGGUAAAGUUAGAUUACACGGAGGAUUAAGUAGUGUUCCUAUUAGCAGAGGAUUUAAUCGUCCAGCGGAAACUAGUGAUAGACCUCCCCCUAUUACUCAUGUAUGCUUUGUUGUCCAUGGUAUCGGUCAACAGUUAGCUAGUAUACGCCAUGAAUGUGCCAAAAUAAGGAAAACAUGUCAAAAAGUAGCUGAAAAACUUUAUCCUAAACUAUCUGAAACUGGACAACGACUUGAAUUUAUUCCAGUGAAUUGGCGUAGUUCAUUAUCAUUGAAUUCAAAAACUUUAGAUAAUGUAACUAUAGCACAAUUAAGACCAUUACGUGAUUAUAUAAAUCAAAGUUUUGUUGAUAUUUUAUAUUAUACAAGUCCUGUAUAUCGUCAUGAUAUUAUGCAAAGUUUAA